UACCACAAUUUGAUACGUGAAAAAGUAUAAAUCGAACCAUUUCAAUCAAAAGAGCUAAGAAAGCUCCUUUGACUUCUCCGAAAACAAUUUCUGUCUGUAUAAUAAAAGUUGAAAAAGUAUAACUGUACUCUGUGAAUAGGACUCUCAAAAACUGUUGAUGGCAGCAUUGAUAAAAUUUGUCCUAAACUAUAUGGUGAAAAUUAAUGUUAUCUUUAUCUUGCUAGUUUGUGCGGCACGAGUGGCAUAAAGUUUAAUAACACUCAAUUCAUUUUUAUAUGAAUGGGUAGAUUGCGCAAUAAAUUCUAAAAUUGCCGAACAAAGUUCAUUACGGCUUUACCGAAACGUGACAUAAUAUCGGCGAUAAAGGACGACAACAACAACAGAGGUGUUAGGUCAAUGACAAACAUUGGGACUGUUAAAGGCGAAAGUGAACCGCAAGACCGUGUGAACUAGUGGGACUAACAGCAGAGACCACGAUGCACGAUGUUGGAGGGAUUAGUAGCAUGGGUUCUGAACAAUUAUCUGGGGAAGUACGUGGAGAACUUGAACACGGAUCAGCUGAGCGUAGCUCUCUUGUCGGGGAAGGUGGAACUAGAGAAUCUCCCCCUGAAGAAAGAUGCCCUACGCCACCUCGGCCUGCCAGUCGAGAUCAAAGCAGGAUUCAUUGGGAAAGUCCAACUCCAAGUACCAGUGCGGCAGAUCCGAUCAGCUCCAUGGCUGAUAGCCAUCGAGAAGCUAUACCUAGUAGCAGCACCAAUCAAUUUGGAUGAGUGGGACUGCUCGGUGGAAGCGUCGAUAGCGCACGAGCGCAAGACGGCGCUUCUGGACGCGCUGGAGGCACAAUGGCGCGCAGAACACGAGGCCGAGGACGCCGGCUACUACGCUACCUCCUACUCAUCCUGGCUCAGCUACGGCACUGGGCUUCUAGCCAACAUCGUCGAGAAUCUCCAAUUGAAACUGAACGACGUACACAUCCGCUACGAAGACGCAGUAACGUGCGCACGUCCAUUCGCGUGCGGGCUGACGGUAGAAUCACUGUGCGCCGAGUCGUGCGACAGCGAGUGGCGCCGCGGGUUCACACUACUCAGCGACCCCGACGGCUGCUCCUUCAAGCUGCUCGAGCUGCACCACCUCGCCGUGUACUGGGACCCCAUGCCCGUGCCCACUGGCAUGUUCGCCAACUGUACCAUCGCGGAACUAACGGGCCGCAUGGGGCAGACGUGGCGCGGCGCGCACCGCUACGUGCUGCGGCCGGCGUCGGCGCGCGCGCGCGUGCGGCGGGAGCGCCCGCGCCUCGCCGCGCACCUCACGCUGGACACCGUGUCGCUGCACCUCACGUCCCGGCAGUACAACGAGGCGGUGUGCUGCGCGGCGGGGCUGGAGCGGCUGGCGCGCGUGCGGGAGUUCCGCGCGCGCCGGCCCGCCGCGCCCGUGCGGGGCCACGCGCGCGACUGGUGGCUGUACGCGCUGUCCUGCCACAUACCCGACCACCGCUGGACCGAGUCUAAGCCGACGUGGGCGUCGUGCGUGGAGCGGGCCCGGCGGUCGCGGCAGUACGUGGAGGCGUGCCUGGUGACGCUGAGCAACCCGGCCGCCACGCUGCCGGCGGACCGCAAGGCCGCCAAGGACGAGUUCGAGUGGCGCACGCCGCUGCCACUGCUCAAGGCUUUGAGAGAGGUGGCAAUGCGCAAAGUGCCAAAGUCGAGUCCAGCGUCGACUCCGGACAAGCCGGGCAGCUCGGGGCGCAGCAUGCUGGUGCACUGGUUCCCGCAGUGGUGGGGCUGGUACGGCGCGCCGCAGGACACGCCCCCCUCCGCCGCGCCCGCGCCCGCGCCCGCCCCCGCCGACCUGGAGGAGGAGAUCCUCGAUGUCAUAGCUGACUCCUUGGACAACAAUACAAUGCUGAAGAGGGAUACCGUGUUCGGGAAGUUCGAGUUUAUACUGAACAAGGGCUCACUCAACCUCUGCAUGGAGACCGAGGCUGGCGAGAACAAAGGUGUCCCCGAGGCGGCAGAAGGCAGCGAGGCGGCGGAAGGCGUGGAGCUGCAGUUCUGGUGCGUGCGCGUGGGCAUCGAGUCCCGCCCCCGCGCCGCCUCGCACGCGCUGCACGUGUCGCUGGGCUCCGUCUGUCUGCGCGAGCGCAUCACGCCCAACACACUCUUCCCCAUACUCAUCGCGCCACAGGGAGUGAUCCGCGAGGGCCUGAGCUCGCUGAGCGCGUCGGGCGCGGCGAUGUCGUGGGGCCGCGCGCACUCGCAGGCCGGCGCCAACAUCCCGCACCCCCAGCAGGAACCUCUCUUCCAACUCACUUACGAGAAGAAACCCUUCGGCAUGAACUGUGACUACAAGCUGUGGGUGAAGUCGGCGUCGCUGGAGGUGGUGUACAGCGCGGCGGCGGCGCGCUGGGCGCAGCAGUGGCUGAGCGCGCCGUGGGCACGCGCGUACGCGCACGUGCGCGACACCACGCGCGCGCGUCUGCGCACGCACUGGGAACACAUGCUGCACGCACACCCUGGCGAGCGCCGCACCUGGCAAGUGGAGCUGGACAUCUCUGCUCCUCAGAUCCUGUUCGUGGAGGAACUCUGCUCUCGAGACUCUGCUGUACUAGUCGUCGACUUCGGCAGGCUGCGGCUUGCCAACGCUAACCAGACAGACGGCGCACCGCACACCCCGCCUGACGACGAGGAGAUGUUCAUGACGCCCUGCUCGACGCCCCCGGGCAGCCUGCUGUCCCCCAGCUCCCCCCCCGACCCGCCGCCGCAGCACGGCGCGCAGCCCGCGCUGGACGCCACCAACCUGCACAACCGACUCUAUGACAGGUACAAGAUAGAGCUGAGCGACCUGCAGAUCCUGGUGGGGCGCGCGCGCGACAACUGGAAGUACGCGCACACCAAGAGCACGUCAUCGCUGCACCUGCUAGACCGGUUCAGCAUCCUGCUGCAGGCGGAGCGGCGCGUGGUGCAGACGUGCGACCCGCAGUACCCGUCCGCCACGGCGUGCGGCUCGCUGCCCGCGCUGGUCGUGCACCUCAGCGAGCACAAGCUGUUCGCCGUGCGUGCCGUACUCGCGCGCUGCGCGCUGCUGCCCGCCAGCGGCCGCGAGGACAGUCCGACGCAGGAGCCGGCGGACGACGUGGAGGAGAACAGCGUGAGCUCGGAGACGGAGCGGUCGGAGCUGUCGCAGCAGCAGAACUCGACGCUGUUCAUGCUGCAGUUCGCGAUCGAGCAGAUGUCGCUGGAGGUGCAGUCCCUGGGCCGCAGCAUCGCGGAGGUGCAGGUGUGCGGCGUGAAGGCGGCGGCCACGGGGCGGCCGCGCGACCUGUCGCUGGCGCUGUCCGUGCACUCGCUGCUGCUGGUGGACGCGCUGCAGACCUACGGGCCCGACUUCGAGCUGCUCGUGGCCAGCCACAAGCACGUCGGUAUGGACACGAUGUCGGGCAGUAUCCGCGGGUCGGAGCCGACAUCGCCGACGUCCCCCACCUCCCCCACGUCCCCUACGUCCCCGCAGGGCCUGGCGUCCCCGGACGCGCGGGGCCCGCGGGGCCCGCACGGGCUAGCGCACCCGCUCGAGCUGCACCAGGCACUCAACUCGCUAAACUAUAACAGACAAGAGUCACAAUGUCCCACCGAGUCCUUAGACCCUGGGCGAGUCAGCCCGGCGCCGAGUUGGAUGUCUGGCACCGGCUUCAACUGGAACGGCAGCAGCAUGUUCGGGGCCGGCUGGGGUUCAGCCUGGGGAACCUGGAGCGGGCCCAACUGGGGGCCCACCGCCACCAACUGGGGUGCUGCCGGACUCGUCGACUCUGAAGCACUUAUCGCCGUCGAUUUGUGCAUCGUCAAGGGUGAUGCCGAUUCAGAGGAUUUAAGGAUCGCAAAUAUUUUGUUCAACAAUCUCGAUAUAAUUGCUAAUCAAGAAACCAUAGUCGAGUUGAUUGGCUUCACUCAGCGCGUGAUGGGUCCGAAGACAGCGCCUAAAAAGCUUUCCAAGGAGGACAACCAGUCGGAGCCUGCCUCCGCUGCCACGUACACGUAUCCUGCGCCGGAGGAUGAGCCCAAGCGCGCGGUGCGCACGGAGAUCACGUUCGACUUCCACCGCCUGGGCGUGCUGCUACUGCGCGCCGCGCUGCACGACGGGGCGCUCGUCGCGCGCAAGAUCGCCACCGCCACCAUCAGCGAGGCGCGCAUCCAGGCCACCGUGGCCGGCAGGCGCGUGGAGGUGGGCGGGUCGCUGGGCGGCGUGGGCGUGGUGGCGCUGUGCGAGGGCGCGCUGCAGUUCAGCGUGGCGCGCGGCGUGCGCGAGGGCGCGCUGGCGGCCGACGUGGCGCUGCACGUGGCCAGCGUGCGCUACACGCACUGCGGCGCGCUGCUGCGCGAGCUGCGCUCGUGCCUCACGGAGUUCAAGCAGUACCUCGCCAACCUGGCGCGCUCCAUCCGCGCCGCCGCCGCCGACAUGGCCAUCGGCCUCGUGCACCCCAGGGGUGAGUCUUUGUACGCGAACCCGAAGCUGUCGCAGUCGAUGGAGGGCGUGUCCCCGCGGCGGCGCACCGUCAGCCUCGGCGCCUCGCUGGACGAGCCCGCCGCGCUCAACUCUGACAUCGUGCUCAGCGUGAGCAUCGAGCUGGAGUCGCCGGUGGUGGUGGUGCCCCGGCACGCGCACAGCACGCAGGUGUUCGUGGCGCACCUGGGCCGCAUGAGCCUGCGCAACCGGCCGGGCGCGCCGCGCCGCACGCUGUACAAGGUGCGCGUGCGCGACAUCUCGCUGGCGUCCGUGGACGUGGGCCAGCUGCCCGCGGCCGGGCUGCCCGCGGCGUACGACGCGGCGUACGACGCGGCCGCCGGCAAGCCCGUGCUGCAUAACACGGCGCUGCGCCUCACCAUCAACUACUGCGACGCCGACGCCGGCUGCGACGCUGACUACCAGUGCGAAGUCCGCGGCAAGAUAGUGGGCGGGCUGCACGUGUCGGCGCGGCGCGAGCAGUACGAGCAGCUGCUGGAGACGCUGCGCUGGGUCAGCUCCGAGGGGCCCGAAAUGAAUAAAUUCUUGUCACCACUGCAAUUUGGUUUUAGAGCAAAGUUGUCAGCAGCUGAUGCAGUACAUACACUCACAGAUUUCAUAUCAGAAGAACUCGGCAAAGGCAACCACGUUCUAGGAAUUUUUAUUGAUCUUGCCAAAGCUUUUGAUACUGUGUCUAUUCCACUGCUUCUAAAGAAGAUGGAAUGUAUGGGUAUCAGAGGCACACAACUGAACCUCUUUGCUGAUUAUCUAGAUGACCGUUACCAGUGUGUUAGAAUAGAUGACGUCACAAGCCCAUUCCAGAAAAAUACUGGUUUUGGAGUGCCUCAAGGGAGUAUUCUUGGUCCUACCCUAUUUUUGAUCUAUAUCAACGAUUUAUGUAACAUUGAGAUGCAUCAUGGGAAACUAAUAUCAUACGCUGACGACACGGCCCUAAUUUUUUCAUCCAAUAACGACAAUGAACUGUACUGUAAUGCUCAAUUGGCUUUUAAUUCAGUGUCGUUGCACUCGAUAACAAUGGAAGAUCUGACCAAAGAGCCGGACUCGAAGCACCGCAUGUUGAUGGUGUCGCACACGCCACAAAUGCCCCCGAAGGCCGUGUUCGUGUCCAAGUCGUGCCCGGACUUCGUGACGGAGUACGCGGACGACAUGUCCAGCGUCAGCUCCCUGCAGUACAUGAAGUGGUGCUCCUGUUCUCUGCCCAGCCAGCUCAACGUGCUCACUAGAGAGAGCAAGGAGCGCCGUAACAAGCGUGAGAGUAAGUGCGCGCCCACGCCACCGUGCUCCCCCGAGUGCGGCGCGCCCCCGCCCGCGCCCGCGGCCUCGCGUCCUACUGCUGACCCCGCGGACCAUUCCGACCCCGCAGACCCCAUCGAUGCAGCCGACCCCGCGGAGUCCACCGACCCCUCAGACAACCUCGUGUGGCUGUCUGUACACACGCGCGACCCGCACCAUCCACAGUUUGCCGAUAAAUACGACAAGAUAUCAAAACUAACUAAAGUGGACUUUAACUGCCUCAACUUGGUGGUAAGUAUCGACAGCUGGGUGGCGGUGCUGGACUUCUUCGGCAUCGCCGGCGACGACGUGACGGACGGCGAGCACGGGCCCGAGCCACAGAGCACCGAGGCGGAGGCGGGCGGCGCGGGCGGCGCGUGCUCGCAGACGGAGCUGUGGGUGCGGUCGCUGAGCGUGGUGCUGGUGGCGGGGCGCGGCGAGGCGUGCCGCGCGCUGGUGUCGCGCGCGCGCGCCGUGUGCCGCGCCGACGCGCGCGUGCACACGCGCCGCCUCACGGGCCGCCUGGGCGCGCUGGCGCUCACGGACCUCACGCCGCACUCCGCGCUCUGGCGGGACCGCUUCCGCACGGACUCUGACCACGCCCUCACCUUCCAAUACCAACGACUGAGCUCUGCCGAGGCAGCCGCCGCGGGCUACGAGACCAGUCUGAGCAUAGAGAUGGGUCCCGUGACGUACGUGCACACUAAGCGCUUCGUACAAGAGCUGCAGGCCUUCGCACGGGACUUCAGUCUGCUACGGAAAGUCAUAAUGCAAGCUAGACUCAAAGUUUCAGUAGUAUCUGGCGGAUCUAGCACAGACGGUGCCCGUCCAGCUCGCAUGAAGCUGAACGUGCGCUGCACGGCACCUGUCAUAGUGCUGCCGGUGUCGGGGCGCGCGCGCAACGCUCUGGCGGCGCACCUGGACCAGCUCACGCUGGACAACUGCUUCAAGUACGCGGGCGACGACGGCACGCUGAGCGCGCCGGGCGAGGGCCGGCGCGCGCUGCUGGACGUGCGCAGCGUGCGCCUGGCGGGCGUGGCGCUGUGGUGCGCGCGCGGCGGGCGCGGCCUGCGCGUGCGCCGCCGGGGCGCGCCGCUGCUGCACGCGCCCGCCGACCUGCGCCUGCACGUGGAGUACAACAUGGACGCCGCGCACUCGGGUACGCCGAGCUCUGAGUCUAGGGUCCGCUUAUGUCCGCCGUGUACUAACGCCCGCCCCGCAGUGGCGGACAUGUCGGUGCAGGGCUCGCUGAGCACGCUGCAGCUGGCGCUGGACCCGGCGCAGUACCGCCUGGUGCGCGGCGUGCUGGCCCACAACCUGGCGGAGUGCGUGGACGACCUGCUGCCGCGGGACCUGCCGCACCACCAGCCCCAGCCGCAGCACCACGACGUGUGGACCACCAGCUCUUUGAAAUUGGACUUACACGACGUGACGGUGAAGCUGGAGCCGGAGCACGGGGUGUCUUCCCUGGCUUGUAUCAACUUCAUCAAGUCCAGACUUGUCGUGGAAACAUACUCAGACCUCAGCCAAGACAUAGACCUUGUUUCACAGGAGAUCCUAGUGAGCGACACUCGGUUCGCGAAGGAGCCAGCCAACCGGCGCGGCAACGUGUUCAGCCACAUCGUGCAGCCCAUGGCGGAGCAGAGGCACAGCGUGCAGGCCGAGGUGCACGCCAGGAAGCGGCGUGACUCCUCCGCCUAUACGAUCCUGGUGAACAACAUGCGCCUGAUGGCAGUGCUGGACUGGUGGGAGUGCGCCAACCAAUUCAUCAUGCAGCCUCCGCCACCGCCCGCCGACCCUGACCAGGCUCAUCUUGAGGAAGCGCUCUGUGCAAUUCGUAAUGCUGCCAGUCCACAUCCUGCGCAGGCGCAGGAAGAACCACUCAUGGAACUGAAGCUUAAUGUGACGGACUCUCAACUGGUGCUGGUGGAAGACCCGUCCGUCUGGGACACUAACGCGGUCAUACUUAGGAGUACGACAGUGAUCACGUACCGGUGCGCGGACGCGCAGAAGCCGGUGUCGUGCGAGCUGAACGAGCUGGAGGUGUUCUCGUGCGUGCUGGGGCUGGAGGAGGAGACCGCGCUGUCCAUCGUCGACCCCGCCGCCGUGCACGUCGCCAUCGACGCUCAGCGCGUGCUACACGUAAGCCCAGCCCGCUGCACUGCCUGGAGCCGUCCCCGUCACUCCCGGCACUCCCGUCUCCGAGUACUGACGCGUGUCAUGUUCCAGGUGGCAAUGAGCACACUGAACCUGCGGCUGUCGUACCACGACAUGCGGAUGUUCGCGGCCAUGCUGCAGUCUCUGCCGGUGCAGGCGCGGGCUGCGCUGUCUGUAAAUACUGUGUCGUUGCACUCGAUAACAAUGGAAGAUCUGACCAAAGAGCCGGACUCGAAGCACCGCAUGUUGAUGGUGUCGCACACGCCACAAAUGCCCCCGAAGGCCGUGUUCGUGUCCAAGUCGUGCCCGGACUUCGUGACGGAGUACGCGGACGACAUGUCCAGCGUCAGCUCCCUGCAGUACAUGAAGUGGUGCUCCUGUUCUCUGCCCAGCCAGCUCAACGUGCUCACUAGAGAGAGCAAGGAGCGCCGUAACAAGCGUGAGAGUAAGUGCGCGCCCACGCCACCGUGCUCCCCCGAGUGCGGCGCGCCCCCGCCCGCGCCCGCGGCCUCGCGUCCUACUGCUGACCCCGCGGACCAUUCCGACCCCGCAGACCCCAUCGAUGCAGCCGACCCCGCGGAGUCCACCGACCCCUCAGACAACCUCGUGUGGCUGUCUGUACACACGCGCGACCCGCACCAUCCACAGUUUGCCGAUAAAUACGACAAGAUAUCAAAACUAACUAAAGUGGACUUUAACUGCCUCAACUUGGUGGUAAGUAUCGACAGCUGGGUGGCGGUGCUGGACUUCUUCGGCAUCGCCGGCGACGACGUGACGGACGGCGAGCACGGGCCCGAGCCACAGAGCACCGAGGCGGAGGCGGGCGGCGCGGGCGGCGCGUGCUCGCAGACGGAGCUGUGGGUGCGGUCGCUGAGCGUGGUGCUGGUGGCGGGGCGCGGCGAGGCGUGCCGCGCGCUGGUGUCGCGCGCGCGCGCCGUGUGCCGCGCCGACGCGCGCGUGCACACGCGCCGCCUCACGGGCCGCCUGGGCGCGCUGGCGCUCACGGACCUCACGCCGCACUCCGCGCUCUGGCGGGACCGCUUCCGCACGGACUCUGACCACGCCCUCACCUUCCAAUACCAACGACUGAGCUCUGCCGAGGCAGCCGCCGCGGGCUACGAGACCAGUCUGAGCAUAGAGAUGGGUCCCGUGACGUACGUGCACACUAAGCGCUUCGUACAAGAGCUGCAGGCCUUCGCACGGGACUUCAGUCUGCUACGGAAAGUCAUAAUGCAAGCUAGACUCAAAGUUUCAGUAGUAUCUGGCGGAUCUAGCACAGACGGUGCCCGUCCAGCUCGCAUGAAGCUGAACGUGCGCUGCACGGCACCUGUCAUAGUGCUGCCGGUGUCGGGGCGCGCGCGCAACGCUCUGGCGGCGCACCUGGACCAGCUCACGCUGGACAACUGCUUCAAGUACGCGGGCGACGACGGCACGCUGAGCGCGCCGGGCGAGGGCCGGCGCGCGCUGCUGGACGUGCGCAGCGUGCGCCUGGCGGGCGUGGCGCUGUGGUGCGCGCGCGGCGGGCGCGGCCUGCGCGUGCGCCGCCGGGGCGCGCCGCUGCUGCACGCGCCCGCCGACCUGCGCCUGCACGUGGAGUACAACAUGGACGCCGCGCACUCGGUGGCGGACAUGUCGGUGCAGGGCUCGCUGAGCACGCUGCAGCUGGCGCUGGACCCGGCGCAGUACCGCCUGGUGCGCGGCGUGCUGGCCCACAACCUGGCGGAGUGCGUGGACGACCUGCUGCCGCGGGACCUGCCGCACCACCAGCCCCAGCCGCAGCACCACGACGUGUGGACCACCAGCUCUUUGAAAUUGGACUUACACGACGUGACGGUGAAGCUGGAGCCGGAGCACGGGGUGUCUUCCCUGGCUUGUAUCAACUUCAUCAAGUCCAGACUUGUCGUGGAAACAUACUCAGACCUCAGCCAAGACAUAGACCUUGUUUCACAGGAGAUCCUAGUGAGCGACACUCGGUUCGCGAAGGAGCCAGCCAACCGGCGCGGCAACGUGUUCAGCCACAUCGUGCAGCCCAUGGCGGAGCAGAGGCACAGCGUGCAGGCCGAGGUGCACGCCAGGAAGCGGCGUGACUCCUCCGCCUAUACGAUCCUGGUGAACAACAUGCGCCUGAUGGCAGUGCUGGACUGGUGGGAGUGCGCCAACCAAUUCAUCAUGCAGCCUCCGCCACCGCCCGCCGACCCUGACCAGGCUCAUCUUGAGGAAGCGCUCUGUGCAAUUCGUAAUGCUGCCAGUCCACAUCCUGCGCAGGCGCAGGAAGAACCACUCAUGGAACUGAAGCUUAAUGUGACGGACUCUCAACUGGUGCUGGUGGAAGACCCGUCCGUCUGGGACACUAACGCGGUCAUACUUAGGAGUACGACAGUGAUCACGUACCGGUGCGCGGACGCGCAGAAGCCGGUGUCGUGCGAGCUGAACGAGCUGGAGGUGUUCUCGUGCGUGCUGGGGCUGGAGGAGGAGACCGCGCUGUCCAUCGUCGACCCCGCCGCCGUGCACGUCGCCAUCGACGCUCAGCGCGUGCUACACGUGGCAAUGAGCACACUGAACCUGCGGCUGUCGUACCACGACAUGCGGAUGUUCGCGGCCAUGCUGCAGUCUCUGCCGGUGCAGGCGCGGGCUGCGCUGUCUGGCAAACUGUUGGUAUCUGAGGAAGACGCCGACGAGCCAGCCAAUAUCGUGUACAUGCGUGCCGCCAGCGGCAGUGCGGGCGAGCGCUCCCCCGGCGCGGGGGGCGCGGGCGGCUGGAUGUACCGGCCCCGCUGGCUGCGCGCCCCGCCCCCGCCCGCGCCCCCGCCGCAGCCCAAGCCCACCACCUCUAUAUGGCCGCUCAAAGCUGUGCAGGUGUCGGCAGACUGCAUCACGCUGUGCGUGAUCGACGACUGCCUAGACUCCGACGUGCCUCUACUCGAGAUCUCGCUCACCGAGCUGCAGGUGGAGCAGGAUUUACGCAAAAUAGAGGAGUCGUUCGAAGACCCGAUGUUGGUGUCGACGCCCGCGGGCCCGGGCGGUGCUCUAGUGGGACGGGGGCCGGGCCCCGGCGGGGGCCCGCGGGGCUCGGGCGCCGGAGGGGGCCGGCUGGGGGCGCUGCUCACCGUCGACUACUACAACCGCACGCUGUCCGGCUGGGAGCCCGUCGUGGAACCCUGGAGAUUCGAGACAUCGUGGGAGUACACUCUAACGAGCGAGCUAUCGCUGGGGCGGGUGCAGAUGGAGGUGGCGUCCAGCGAAGUGCUGAACACCAACGUCACCUCCUCACUCAUCGAGCUGGCCGAGCUGGUGCGCGCCAACUGGACCGCUGACUACUACGCGCCGCAGUCAUCCGCAACACAGGAGCAGUCUCCCAAGGGCAGCCCGUCCGGCCACCGGCGGCGCUCGCCCUUCGUGCCCUACGCGCUCCGCAACCACACCGGACACCGACUCCUGUUCACCACGCUCGUCACCACUUCCGAUGAGUUGCGAGAGCAGACCAGUUGGUCGGGGCCGGACGACUCGUGGAUGAUGGUGCGCGCGGGCGACACGGAACCGUUCUCGUUCGGACAGCGGCGUGGCCGGCGCCGGGGCCGGGCCGGCGGCGCCGCGCCCGGACAGAACGCCGCGCUCAACCAGCUCGCGCUGCGCCUCGACGGCUGGUCGCCGCCAGACCCAGUCUGUGUCGACAGAGUCGGCGUCUUCUUCAGGAACCUUACGCACACAAAAUCUGGUGCCGAGGCUCGCAUAGUAUUUGAAGUAUCUCUGGAGGGGUCAGCUCGGAAGCUAGUGACGGUGCGAUCGGCGCUGCAGCUCGUCAACAAGCUGCCGCACCCCGUGGAGGUCAGGGUGGACCAUGCGCCCUCCGCAGCCGCAUGGAGCGGCGGCAGCGUGCGGUCGGCGCAGGUGUGCGCGGGCGCCACGUGGGCGGCGCCGCUGUGGGCGCAGCCCGCCGCGCUGUGGACGCGGCCCCUGCUGCGCGCGCAGGCCGCGCCGCCCGCGCCCGCGCCCGCGCCCAUCGACUGGCGCAACGCCCCCGGCGACCGCGCGCUGCUGCACUACGAGUGCCGCGCCCCGCCAGACCACGUGUACAGAUUCUGUUGCGUCAUAGUCCGCGAGCGAUUCCCCCCAGACAGGGGCACGCCCAUUGCUGGGCACACGUUGACCUUAGUACCAGCGCUGAGACUGGAGAACCUGCUGCCGCUGGAGCUGCAAUACCGAGCAUGUCCUGCUGUGCCGGGCACGACCACUGUCAACGCAUCCGGCAACAUACCUCCUGGAGACACCAUGCCUUUCCACGAGGUUAACGUAGAAGAAGGAGUCGAGUUGAGUGUGAAACUGGAGGGUUUCGGCUGGUCGACAGCGCUGGUAGUGGGCGGGGGGCAUAGCACCUUAGGGGCGGCGUCCGGCGCGGCCGUGGGCGGCGGCGGGGGCGGCUCCUUCACGGCGCGCCUCAAGCUGCGGGACUCGCGCGCCAGGAGGCUGUACCUCAACGCCAGGGUCACCGUCAAGAAAACUGACGGCAUCAAGGUGUCGCUGGCGGCGCCGUACUGGCUGGUGAACCACACGGGGCUGCCGCUGGUGUUCCGCGCGGAGGGCGCGGCGUCGGCCGCGGCGGGGCAGUUCGACGAGCACGAGCUGGCGCGCAUGGUGCAGCCGCUGCUGUUCUCCUUCGCGGAGGCCGACGGCGGCCCCACCAUCUCCGCCAGGGUCGGACGAGGCCUGCCCGGCACGCCAGAGUGGUGCUCUCCAUUCGGACUGGGCGUGGGCGUGGCGGUGAAGAAGUUGGAGGUGCGCGGCGAGGGCGAGGGCGGGGCGGGCGAUCGCGUGUUCGCGGUGGGCGUGCGCGUGCGCGCGGGGCGGGGCCGCUACCGCCACACCAACAUCGCCACCUUCAGCCCGCGCUACCAGCUGCACAACAACACCUCGCACCACCUGCAGUUCGCGCAGAAGUGCUGCGCCACCACGCUGACCGACCCGGGCGCCAUGGCCACGCACGUGGCGGCGGUGGCGGGCUGCUCGCUGCCGUGGCACUGGGCGCGCUGGGAGCGCGAGCACUGCCUGAGCGUGCGCGUGCUGGCGCCGGCGCCGGCCGCCGCGCCGCGCACGCACUGGUCGGGCGGCUUCCGGGUCGACGCCACCAGGACGCUGCACCUCGCCUGCAGGGAGCCGGGUGGCGGGUACCAGUUCUUGCGCGUGGAGGUGGUGUCGCAGGGCGCCACCAUGUUCGUGGUGCUGACGGACGCCGAGUGCGCGCCGCCCCCGCUGCGCAUCGACAACUACUCCCCCGUGUCCAUCAUGUUCCACCAGGUGGGGUGCGGCGAGGAGUGCGUGGUGGGCGCGCACGGGCGCGCGCGCUGGGCGCUGCCGGAGCCGGAGGCGGCGCGGGCGCUGGCGCUGCGGGCGCCCGGCGGCCCGCGCACGCAGCUGGCGCUGGACACGCUGCCCGCGCACCACCAGCUGCUGUACCAGAACUUCAUCUACGUCGCCUUCAGCGCCACGCAGCACACGUACGUAUGGAGCCCCGUGCAGCAGCCUGCGGGCCGCGCACAGCCUGCUACAGCUGUCGGUUACAGCGGCGAGGGCGGCAAGCAGGCGGUGGACGACAGCGUGCUGGUGCUGGAGGUGCCGCUGGGGAGCACGCGCGUCGUGCUGGCCAGGAAGCGGUACGGGGACAGAACGCAGUUAUGGCGGCGAGGCCCCAACGAGCAGCUGAUCCACGAGGGCAGCUCCCCGCCGCAGCCGACGGACGCCUUGCUGUCGGACGAGGCGCCGCUGUCGCCGCACGCCAUGGUGCUGGACAUCGAGGACGCGGCGCCGCGGCCGGGCCGGGCGUCGGCGCUGGUGCUGCGGCGCGCGGACCCGCGCCGCGCCUCCACGCAGGCCUGGCGCCUGCUGGCGCCCGGCCGCAUGGCCUGCGCGCACGCCAACCUGUGCGUGCAGCCCGACGGACUCUCGCUCAUGGCGCUCACACCCGGUACUCGAGUCGUCCUGGGGCUACCGGCGUCGGGGCGCGCGGGCUGGUCUCCGACGUCGCCGGUACCGGCGGAGCAAGCAGUGUCGUGGCACACGCUGCGGCCCGGCUCCGGCCGCCUGGACGUCACGCUGUGUGCCGAUGGUCCCACGCGGGUCGUCCAGAUCCGCGACCACAAGGAGCCCGAGGCGGGCUGGCUGGAGGGCGGCGCGGCGGACGAGGACGAGGCGGGGCCGGGGGCGGGCGCGCGGCGGCGCGGCUGGGGGGAGUGGGGCGUGCGCGUGUCGCUGGCGGGGCUGUCGGUGUCGCUGGUGUCGCGCGCGCCGCCGGCCGAGCUGGUGCACGCGCUGUUCGACGCCGUGCUGCUGGAGCUGGCGCUGCAGCCGCGCAGCCUGGCGCUGGCGCUCGCCGUGUCGCACAUGCAGUGGGACAACCAGUUGCUGGGCACGCCGAGCCCCGUGCUGCUGUACUGCCUGCCGGAGCGGGGCGGGGCGGGGGGCGGGCCCGGGGGCGGGGCGCUGCCGGCGCUGCACGCCGCCGUGGAGCUGCAGCGCGCGCCCACCAAGCGGUACAACGCGUACUUCUUUAAACAUCUCGUCGUAGCACUGCGACCACUGGCGAUACGAUUAGAAGAAAGAUUGGUGCUGCAGCUGUGGGCGUGGGCGCGGCUGGAGCAGGAGGAGAGCGCGCGCGAGCAGGCCGACGAGGCAGACUACGAGACACGACGAGUCCUGUCCGACCUCACCGCGCUACACACCACGCGAUACUACUUCGCGCUCAUCAAGAUCAUCCCCAGCCAGAUCCGCCUGUCGAUGUGCACGGCCAACAAGCUGGAGGGCUCGCUGAGCGCGCUCAAGCGGCGCCUGGGCCUGACGUUCAUCAAGUUCGAGGACGCGGCCGUGGAGCUGGAGCCCUUCGUGCGCGCGCAUGUCUUCGACACCGCCUCCUACCUCGGCAGGCAGAUGCUGGCGCACUUCAAGGAUGAGUUGAAGUGGCAAGCGGCUAAAAUACUCGGCUCUGUGGAUUUCCUGGGAAAUCCUCUAGGCUUCGUGGCGGAUGUGUCGGAGGGCGUCACAGGCCUACUCUUAGAGGGUAACGUAGGCGCUUUACUCAAAAACGUCACCCAUGGAAUAUCCAACUCUGCUGCCAAAGUUACAGAGUCCCUGGGCGACGGGCUGGAGCGCGUGGUGAGCGACGAGGCGCACGAGGAGACCCGGCGCCGCAUCCGGUCCGCCGCGCCCGCCGGACACCUGGCCGCCGGCUUCCGGGGGCUCGGCCUCGGCAUACUCGGGGGCAUGACGUCGCUGGUGAAGCACAGCUACGAGGGCGCGACGCAGGAGGGGCUGGGCGGGUUCCUGGCGGGCGUGGGCAAGGGCCUGGUGGGCACCGUCACCAAGCCAGUUAUUGGCGUGCUCGACCUCGCCGCCGAGACUGCGUCCGCGCUGCGGGACACUAGCCGCAGGUCGGGGCGCGAGGUGCCGGCGCGGGCGCGCGGGCCGCGCUGCGUGGCGGGCUGCGGCGGGCUGCUGCCGCGCUACUGCGGCGCGCAGGCGGCGGGCGCGGCGCUGCUGUACGCGCUGAACCACACGGACUACUCGGAGCACUUCCUGGCCUACCGCGCCGUGCGCGACGCGCCGCACGACAUCCGCGCGCUGCUGUCGGACCGCUACGUGCGCAUCAUCACGUGCAAGCACGCGGCGCCGCAGGUGGUCAUGGAGACGCACCUCGGCAACCUGGUGUCGUGCUGCGUGCUGGCGGCGGACGGCGCCUACUUCGUGGAGCUGGGCGUGCGCGGCGGCGGCGCGGACGCGGUGCGGCGGCCGCGCGUGCAGUGCGACAGCCGCGAGCUGGCCGCGUGGGUGUCGCGCCACGCCGCCUACGCGCGCCAGCUCUACCACGAGCACCUGCACACGCUGCUGCCCGCAGACCUGUAGCCGCGCCCGCAGACUUCUACUGCACGCGCCCGACCGCACCUUUCUGAUCCAAACCCGUCAAUUAUCUUGGUCCGUCCGAGUGAUGACUCGAGGACAACAAUAUUAGACUAGGAAUACGAAUUCCUUCUACGUUUACACAUACAAAAACGUAGCUGCAGUCUGAGUCUCGUAAAUGACUGAUCUGACUGGACACGGAACACUAGGACAACUUGUGAAACGGUCAUGUAAUACGGCCUCACAGAAUACUAAACUGCCGAUAUUGAAAUAUGACAAUGUUAUAAAUUACAUCAACAAGUAUUCAGAAGUAUUAUUGUAAAAGACACUGCGACCUAACUUGAAUAACAUUAGAAUAAUAUUAACUUAUGAUACUCUCGUACAACUAUGAAUGUAGUUGUGAUAUUAUGUGUACACUUACUCAUCACAUGCAUGUUUCAAACGAGUGAACUACAUCGAGCCGAGUGGCGUCUACAUCUUGUAUACUUACUACCAUCUGUAUCAAUCACAUCACAGCGACGGGAAGUAAGCAGUGUGCAGGUAUUCACUUUAGAUAUUUCCCGAGCAAUCAUUAUUUUACCCCAACAAUAAAUACAAUCAUUUUGCAACAUGUUUU